UCCUGUGUAAAGUUAAUGAGUAACCACAGCACCCCAUUUGUCAAAAAGACCAUCCUCCAUGCCUUCUAUAAAUACCCCAGUCUUUGUCUUCAACAGCAGAAGACACAGAAUGUCUAAAUUAGCCUACAGGACCUUUGCUUGUUUUCUCAGCUUGUUGGGUCUGGGAAUGACCUUUGCUGUUCAUGCUAGUGGUAAGAAAAUCUUUAAUUCGUUUGUACGGGAACAAGUCAUAUGACAAAUGUUUGUUCUGCCACUUGAUACCCAGAUGCAAAGUGUGGAUCUACUAAGGCAAGAGGCAUCCUUAACCGUUCUUUGAGGGUAAUCGGAGGAUCAGAGGCCAGACGAGGUUCCCAUCCGUGGUUGGCACGUAACAAUUCAACUUUACUGCAGUUUUGCAUUCCAAAAGGCAUUGUGUGGAUAUACAGAUGUAGGAAAAUGUAUUCUUCAAAAUGUAUUCAGGUGUCCCUUAGAAUCAGAGGAUCGCAUUUCUGUGCUGCUGUGAUCUUGACAGACCACUGGCUUUUGACUGCUGCUCAUUGCUUCGCAAGUGUUUCCUCGGACCUCCUGCACAAGAUUGAGGCUGUAGCAGGUGAUUUCGACCAAAGAAAAGUUGACAGAGGGGAGCAGAACUUCCACGUAAAGACCGUGAAGUUCCAUGAAAAAUAUCAGCGCUCCUCUCCCAUGAGCUAUGAUAUCGCUUUGCUUGAGAUCAAAGGACGCAUUCACUUUGAUGAUUUUAUUAAGCCUGUUUGCCUGCCUUACCCUGGUGAGAAGUUUCCACCCAAGACCAUGUGUGUUGUUGGUGGAUGGGGUCGUAUUGCUGAAAAAGGUCCACUUCCUUCAGUCCUUCAGGAGGUGCCACUUGAGCUGUUAGAGCAAAGCAAGUGCAAACAUGUCCUACAAACACUUAAACCAGGGCAGAAGACCUUCACAGUCUUGUGUGCUGGCCCAGAGAGAGGAGGCAGAGAUGCCUGCCAAGGAGAUUCUGGGGGUCCCCUCCUCUGCUCCAGAGCAGAUGGACACUGGGUGGCUGUGGGAGUCACAUCAUGGGGCAAGGGCUGUGGUCGAAGCUGGAAUAACAAUAAGAUCAAACCCUCGUCCAGAAGAGGCUCACCUGGAGUAUUCACUGAUGUCUUAAUGUUCCUGUCAUGGAUCAAGUCUAAUCUUAGGAAUGAACUCAACAUAGGUGUGGACAGGUCCCUGUGUAGUGUACCUGAUGGAGUUGUACCUGGAUGUGAAGGCAUCAUCAGAAAUCCAGCUCACCCAGGUCAAAGCUACAACAACAAUGAGGUGUGUCUGUGGUCUAUUCGAGUUACUGCUAGAGAACAAAUUCUGCUGGAGUUCCUGGAGUUUGACCUGGAGAAUGACACACAGUGCCACAGUGAUCAUCUGACUGUGUUUGUGGAUGAAGACAAGCAAAUAGGACAAUUCUGUGGUGGUCAAUCUCCAUCUCCAGUUCUUAUUGGUGGUUCCCACAGUAUCACAGUGCAGUUUGUUUCUGAUGCAAGCAGCACAGCUGCAGGAUUUGCCAUCCAAUUCAGUGGUGUUGACAAGGACUACCGUUUUGGGGUUGAAUGUGGAACAGUGGUGCUGUUACAGCCCAAGGGGGCUGUGAGGAGCCCCGCCUACCCGCAAGUCUACGGCAACAACACUCUUUGCCGCUGGGUCAUCUAUGCCCCAGAAGGCCACAUAGUCAAGCUUGACUUCAACGACUUUGAGCUUGAGGAGUCAGAGAACUGCAAAUAUGAUUCACUCACAGUGUUUGGAGACAUUGAUGGCAAGGAUGAAAUAGUGGUCGUAUGUGGCGGGAGCAUUCCUCCAGCUGUGCUCAGCUAUGGUCGCAUAAUGCUUCUACAGUUUAGCACAGACAACACCAUCUCCGCCCGUGGUUUCAACGCCUCCUUUUCUUCUAUCAGCGAAAAAUAUCUCAGAGAGACAGCGUAUGAAGAUCAAGGAGAGGAAGUAGAUGAUGACAGCAGAGUUAUCUCACCACAUUUUAAGGCUGCUCCGUGUGGAAUGCCAGACGCCUUUGCUGCCUCUGGAUUGGACGCCUCAAGGACAGCAGAGGAUGAUGGGAAACUGUCGUGGCACGUGAGAAUUGGUCUGGGUGCAGGUUAUGAAUGCUGUGGAGUGAUUAUCCAGCCACAAUGGAUCCUUACUGAUGCACACUGCGUCUAUAACCUGGAAGAACGGCAUUUGAGACUUAUAUCAGUGUCAACAGGAGGCUCAAACAAACAGAUCUGUGAUGUGAUUGGAGUACUGGCACACCCUCAUUACACCCCAUCCUCUCUCGACUACAAUGUGGCUUUGCUUAAGCUGAGCUCUCCAUUAAAUCUCAGCGAAAGUAUGCAGCCUAUCUAUCUACCCUCUGCUGGACAGGAAAUCCCUCCCUCCCUCCAUUGCUGGGCUCCGGCGUGGACCGGCCAAAUGUCAGGACAUGGGCAGUGCAAACCUGUACGGCUAAAAAUAUCUUUGCUGGAACGAGGGGUGUGUGAACAACACCACAGAAUUAGAUUGACACCUACAAUGCUAUGUGCUGGACUGAGCAGGGGAGAAUCAUGCAUGGCUCACUGGACCGCUGGACAUCUCGCUUGUCUAACAAACACAUCUGGUGUUGUUCUGAUGGGAGUAAAGAGUUGGGGAGAACCUUGCAGUGGAAUCCAGAUGCCGGCGGUAUAUUCUUUAGUACCGACCAUCAUGGACUGGAUCUCUCAGAAUUUGGACACAGAGUGA